UUUAUACAGAAUUAUAGUUUUAAUAGAAUUACAUAAAUUGAAUAUUAUCUUUAAUAAUAAUUUUGAUUACAAAUGAGCUGGUUCAAAAAAUCCACUCUCUUUAUAUUAUAUCCUUCCAUAAUGUGUUUUUACUAUCAUUCAAAAUUUCCUCAAUAACCAUAUAUAAGUUUCGUUUAUAUUGUGUCAUAUGAAUAGUCAAAAAUAAUUUUAUCCAAAUCACUUUGUAAUUUAUGAUAUUUUACGGAUUGUUCAACAAUGUAUGAAUUGUUAAAGGAAAUUUUGGAAUGUAUUGAGUACGUGUCUGACUCUGUGGAAAACCAAGUAGCAGAACUUUUAGAAACAUGGGAUCGUUGUUCACGGACAUAUGCUGGAGUUGUGGAAAAAAUUAAUGUUGCUUGGAAAGCACCAUUAGAUAUAGAUUUAUUAAAUGAGUUUCCUGAUAUAAGAAUGAAAGUUGCAAAAAAACUUGAAUGGUUAGGAAAUGAACAACUUGGUAUAUUACAGUUAUUUUUGAAUCGUUUUUAUCAAAUUAAUGAAUGUUUGAAAAAAAAGUUAGAUAACAUUAAUCUCAAGCUUGAGCAUAUAUCUUUUGAAAAUCAUAUGGAAAUUAAACAUACAGUACGUGAUCAUACAUUAUGGUUAGAAGAAUGUUGGGUGAUUCUGCAUUGUUUAUUCAUGCAACUAGAAUUCUCAAUUAUUUCUUUAAAACCUAAUGAUGAAGAUUCUGCAAAAAAAAUGGUUGAAGCUGCAAAACAAGAUGAAAAAGAUAAAUACUCUAUUAAUAAAAUUAAUAUGUACAAACAGAGUUGUAUAAGUUUAUUAAAAUUUUUAGAAAAUCAAAAUAAAAUAAAAUUAAUUAUGUGAAAAUGUAAAUAUUAAUUAGUACAAUGUGUAUAUAAUAAAAGUCAUGUUUACUUCUAUGUUUUAAAACAAAAAUUUUAUGUUAUUUAUAUUUGUUUAACGUCUUCUAAUAGCUAUUGCCUGUGCUUAAAAAAACAGAAAAACCUACUUAGCCCUGUGUAGAGGGAUUGAACACUUUGUACUAAAUCACAACAUGUAACUAGCUAAACUAGGUAAGUCACUUACCUAAUUAUUUAAUUUUUUUUAAAGUGCUAUUUAUUUUUAUGUAAUAUUAAUAUUGAAACAGUCUUGUGUAUUAAACUGUAAGUAUGAACUAUGAAGUCAUGUAGCAAACUUGUGUGUCACAUAAAGUAUUCUAUAUUUUCUUUUGUAUAAUAAAGAAUCAUUGCUCUUUCA